AUGAAUAAAGAUAAUAUAUCAGAAAUAGAAAAACUCGAUAUUGAUACUGAUAUAUCAAAUAUUGACCCGUUUGAAGAAAGUGAAAAAGAUGACAAUCAGUCUCCUACGUCAAUAUUCGCAACUAUCGGUGAUGUUAAAAAGGCUGCUACUGUUACCGAUGAUGGGACAAAUGAGAACAAUAAGUCUUAUAGCGGUAGUUCACAAGAGUUCGCAGUUUCGCGAGCAUUGGGAAAAUAUCGUCUUCGUAAAUCAAGCUCUGUUUCUGAUGAACAAAUUGACGAAAAGUCUCCCCCUAAAAUAGAAACGACUUUACCAGAUGAACCCCAAAAUGAAGUAACAAAUCAAAAAGAUAAGUGGCUUUAUAAGCCCUGCACUCCAGAAAUUAUUAAUAGUUCGACUCAAGAAGAAACAGUAUCUUAUCAUGAACGUAGCCCAUCCAUACAAAGUGCUCGAGGUGUUCCUGUUAAGUUUUCUAACCGACAUCAGCAAAGUUUGGAUGUUCCCAAUAAACAUGAUGAUGAUGAUAGUCGCAGCACCCAUUCUUGGAGAAGUGGUUCUCGCGUCUCAUCAAGAAGACAAAGCACUGAAGACAGCAUUGACUCUGAAGAUGAAUGGUAUUGCUAUGAGUUAAGGAAAUUAGAGGAGAUGGAACAUCAAUCUCAACAAGAGGCUGACAGAGAAAGGACGCUGAUGGAAGAGCCUGAGGAAGAUUUCCCUAAUGAACCAAAUGAAGGUUUGAAGGAAAAAAUGUCCUACGUACUUCAAGAAUUACAACUUAAAACUGCAACAAUUAAAGAAAAAUACAAUGAAGACGAAUCGAAACAGGCCUGGAAAGAUAUAACAACCUUUCCAGUCAUGGACGAAAAAUCUACAGAUGCCGAAGUUGACAAAGAAUAUGAGGAAGAAAAAUCUUAUGCUGACUCUGGAUCUGGUGAAACAUCAGGGCCAGAUAGUCCAGUUCAAAGCGGUGAUGAGUUUGAUGAUGACUACGACAUGCCUCAGAUACAUGAAGAAUCCCGGCGUGUACAAGAACCUCCACAGCAACAAGAACCACAAGUUGGAAGUAAAUGGAAACUACUGAAAGCACUAAAGGAUAGAAAAGCUGAAGAAAAGACAACGGAAACGCCAGCUGCUACGACACCGUCUACCGAGAAGGACAAAGUUAGUGCAGGUAACGGAUCUGGCGGCUUUAGCGAACAAGGCGGCCGAGGAAAUGGACACCCUGGAGAUAACCCCUUCUAUAGCAACAUUGACAGCAUGCCAGACAUACGGCCACGAAGAAAAUCGAUUCCUCUGGUAUCGGAACUUGUUCUCAAGACUAUGGCCGCUACGAAGAGGAAUGCUGGCCUGACAUCCGCGGUGCACAGAGCAACUUUAAACGAUGAAGAAUUAAAAAUGCAUGUGUAUAAGAAGACAUUGCAAGCACUCAUCUAUCCCAUUUCAUCGACUACGCCUCACAAUUUCGUACUUUGGACAGCCACCUCCCCAACGUAUUGCUAUGAGUGUGAAGGUUUGCUCUGGGGAAUAGCAAGACAGGGCGUCCGUUGUACAGAAUGUGGAGUGAAAUGUCACGAGAAAUGCAAGGAUUUGCUCAACGCCGACUGCCUACAGAUGUGUUUCGCAGGGGCCGCCGAGAAGUCCUCGAAGCACGGCGCCGAGGACAAGGCCAACUCAAUCAUCACCGCGAUGAAGGAGCGGAUGAAGCAGAGGGAGCGCGACAAGCCGGAAAUUUUCGAGCUCAUCAGACGCGUGUUCAGCAUCGAAGGGGAGGGGCAUUCGGCACACAUGAACACGGUGAAGCAGUCAGUGCUCGAUGGCACAUCGAAAUGGAGCGCGAAGAUCGCUAUCACAGUUAUUUGUGCUCAAGGACUUAUCGCAAAGGACAAGAGCGGAACUUCUGACCCUUACGUCACUGUUCAAGUGAGCAAAGUAAAGAAGAGGACAAGAACAAUGCCUCAGGAGUUGAAUCCAGUUUGGAACGAAAAGUUCUAUUUUGAAUGUCACAAUUCCUCCGAUCGGAUUAAAGUAAGAGUGUGGGAUGAAGAUAACGAUUUGAAAUCGAAACUUAGGCAAAAAUUGACGAGAGAAUCGGACGAUUUCUUGGGUCAAACAAUUAUCGAGGUUCGAACGCUAUCUGGCGAGAUGGACGUUUGGUACAAUCUGGAGAAAAGGACCGACAAAUCUGCCGUAUCCGGGGCUAUCAGACUCCACAUCAAUGUAGAAAUCAAGGGCGAAGAGAAGGUUGCUCCGUAUCAUGUUCAGUACACCUGCCUGCACGAGAACCUGUUCCACUACCUCUGCGAGGAGAACGGCGGCGCAGUCACCCUGCCCGCCGCCAGGGGCGACGACGCCUGGAAGAUCUACUUCAACGAGAUCCCCGAGGAGAUUGUGGACGAGUUCGCGAUGAGAUACGGAAUAGAGGCCAUCUAUCAGGCCAUGACGCAUUUCCAUUGUCUGUCGACGAAGUACCUAUGCGCCGGUGUUCCAGCUGUCAUGUCAACCCUCCUCGCGAACAUUAACGCUUACUACGCACAUACAACGGCGUCUUCGGCCGUAUCCGCAUCGGACAGAUUUGCCGCAUCCAACUUUGGGAAAGAGAAAUUCGUCAAACUACUGGAUCAGCUACACAAUUCCUUAAGAAUAGACCUGUCGAUGUACCGCAACAAUUUCCCAGCGUCGAGCGCGGAAAAGUUGAUGGAUCUUAAGUCAACCGUUGACUUGCUGACUAGCAUCACAUUUUUCAGGAUGAAGGUGCAAGAACUCAGCAGUCCACCGCGAGCAAGUACAGUGGUAAAGGAUUGUGUGAAGGCGUGCCUAAGAUCGACUUAUCAGUUCCUAUUCGAAAACUGUUACGAGUUGUAUAAUAGAGAGUUCCAAGUGGAUCCUAACGAGGCUAAGCGUGACCCUUCCGACCAUGGACCUCAGUUGGACUCUGUGGACUUCUGGCACAAACUCAUCGCCCUCAUAGUGUCCGUGAUCGAAGAAGACAGGAACAGCUACGCGCCGGUUCUCAACCAGUUCCCUCAGGAGCUGAACAUUGGUCAGUUGUCCGCGGCGACGAUGUGGUCUCUUUUUGCCGUAGACAUGAAAUACGCUUUGGAGGAACAUGAACAGCAUAGGCUCUGCAAGUCUUCCGCAUAUAUGAAUCUACAUUUCAAGGUGAAGUGGUUGCACACGAAUUACGUGAAGGACGUGCCACCUUACUGCGGAGCGGUGCCGGAGUACCCAGCGUGGUUUGAGCCCUUCGUCAUGCAGUGGCUCAACGAGAACGACGACGUAUCCUUGGAGUAUCUGAACGGCGCCUUCAACAGAGACAAGAGAGACGGGUUCCAAAAAUCCAGCGAGCACGCACUCUUCAGUAACUCAGUGGUGGACGUGUUCACACAACUGACGCAGUGCUUCGACGUGGUGUCCAAGUUGGAGUGUCCAGAUCCGGAGAUCUGGAAGAGGUACAUGAAGAGAUUCGCCAAGACCAUAGUGAAAGUGCUUGUGGCAUAUGCCGACAUCGUUAAGAAGGAGUUCCCUGAACAUCUUAAAGAGGAGAGAGUGGCGUGCAUUCUCAUGAACAAUAUCCAACAACUGCGCGUACAACUGGAGAAGAUGUUCGAAGCAAUGGGUGGCACUAAGCUGGAAAGGGAUGCCGCAGACAUACUGCAUGAUUUACAGCAGAGCUUGAACAGCACGCUAGAUGAACUAGCCUCGAUGUUCGCUAACAGUCUUGAGAUCCGAAUCACGGCCAGUGUAAAGGAACUGGGUGAGCUUCUACAAAAGGUGGGUGGUGGUGGUGCUCCUGGAGCACCGCAGCCGCCAGCUCACCACGAAGCCGAUGAGGUGCUUCGACCCCUGAUGGAUAUAUUGGACGGUUCACUGACUAUGUAUGCAGAAUCAUGUGAGAAGACGGUACUAAAACGGUUACUCAAGGAGCUUUGGAAGAUCGUUAUGAAAAUACUCGAAAAAACAGUUGUACUUCCACCUAUGACGGACAAAACGAUGAUGCUGAAAAAUCUAACGAACAAUGCGAAGAAUCUAGCGGCCAACGCCAAAAUAGAAGAUAUGACCCAACUCUUCAAGAGCACCGUUGGAAAACAGGACGUGAAACAUGCACUCUCCGGAGUUAUGGACAUAUCCAAAGAGCACCUGUCGGCCGAAAAGAGUCUGACGCCGAAGCAGUGUGCGGUUCUCGACGCUGCGCUGGACACCAUCAAGCUGUACUUCCACGCGGGUGGCAAUGGCCUCAAGAAGACCUUCUUAGAGAAGAGUCCAGAGCUGCAGUCGCUCAGAUACGCCCUCAGUCUAUACACGCAGACCACCGACACGCUGAUCAGGACCUUCGUCACGAGUCAACAGAAUCAAGAUGCGGCAGUGGCGGAAGAGGGCAGCGUUGGAGAGGUAUCGCUUCAAGUGGACCUGUUCACUCACCCGGGAACUGGAGAGCACAAGAUCACGGUCAAAGUGGUUGCCGCGAACGACUUGAAAUGGGUGAUCGCCAGUGGCAUGUUCCGUCCAUUCAUCGAGGUCAACCUGAUCGGUCCGCACCUCGCGGAUAAGAAGAGGAAAUUCGCCACAAAGUCCAAAAGCAAUAAUUGGAGCCCGAAAUUCAAUGAAACCUUUCAUUUCAUGGUGAGCGCAACCGAACAGCUGGAACUGUUCGAGCUGCACGUGUGCGUGCGCGACUAUUGCUUCGCGCGCGAGGACAGGCUCGUAGGCGUCGCCGUUAUGCGCCUGGCCGACAUCGCUGAGCAGGGCUCGUGCGCGUGUUGGCUGCCGUUGGGCACUCGCGUCAAGAUGGAUGAGACGGGCUGGACGAUACUGAGGAUCCUGUCGCAGAGGCACAGUGACGAGGUCGCCAGGGAGUUCGUUAAGCUCAAGUCGGAGAUGAGGGCAGAAGCACCGAGCGGGGGUCAGCCCGGGCCCUCGACUUCGCUACAGCACCACGAAGCUAAAAAGUUGCAAAUACGUUGCAACAAGGACGUUCUCGGCCCGCGACAUUCAAAGCGAACCGUGUCCGGUUGUGACGUCACAAGAAGGUCGCGUAGCCGGAAGGGGAGGUUUUCGAGCCAUCCGAAGCUGUACUACAACAUAACGAAGGUCAACGUUGAAGUGCACUUCCGGUACAUCCAGUCCUUCGCAUUGGCGCCGCGUCCCGCCCCACGCGGGGGGAGCGGGGCUGUUUCUUCUUAUCGCGGUGGCGGCCAACGCCGCGCGCCGUCGGUCGCGUGCUCAACGCUGCGCGAGACUCGAACGCAGCGUCCAACGUUGAAACCUCGUGGAGUAUACGAUUUUGCGCGUCCCCCGCGACCAAGUGUGAUC